GGUACACGAGGCUAAUUUUCGCGCAACGUAUACGUAUUCAGUCUGCGUGUGCGAAUAAAUCAUGAACGUAGACUUGAGUUACUCGAAGAUUAAGACAGCCAAUGAAGCUAGAGUUUCGGAAGGACUAAGGGAAGAACAGCGUAAAAAGAAUGUGUUGAUUUUAAUUCUUCAACACCUACACGAAGAGGGAUACCUAGAAACCGGCAGCAGCCUGGAAGAGGAGUCAGGCAUCUCAUUAAAGAAGUAUCAAGCCUGUGAUAACAUAGACUUACUCACUAUACUCCAGGCAGCAAACGUAAGUUGGAUGCAUGGCUCCUGCGGUGAAGAAGUGGACACACACAACCAAAGCCACACAGCAGGUACGCCUGCCAUUCAGCUAUGUCGUAGAUUUGUUAGCUUCCCGGUACAUUCUGUGUGACACCUAUGUCCUCAACUCUUGAUAGGCUCGUGCUGGUGACAGUAUGCAUGAUGCGAUGUAUUUGCUCAUCAACAAGAAUCUGUUCAGACUUGAGGUUUCAUCUUUCAGACCACUGUCCAGAACAAGUAAAAAUAACUUGGUUGACCCAUUUGUGACUAUUGGUACAUACGUAUGUGUUGCCAAUAGUUAAUGCUAAUACCUAUUAAUAUUAGUGUUGCUGUACUUACGUCAUUGCAAAGAGUCUGAACUUGGGAUACCACCAGUAGUGAUGAAAGCAUUAGAGUGUUGAUUAGAAUUUCUGUUAACCUAGUAGAUGUUAAUUAAUUAAAGGGGAACUCUCAUCAAAUACUAAAUCUUGCUGAAAGAAAGAUACGAGACCUAAUAUCUUCCUGCAGGAAGCUUACGGUCCAAUCAGUCACAGAAGCAGAGAAUGAGCCAUGAGUUGUUCAGAUGAUUCCCCCGUAUGAGUUACUCUCUGUCCUUGUUUGGAAGUAAACACUUUAGGUAUAACUGUGCCAAGUGCUCUGAAUGCACCCAAAAAUGCGCUGACAUGAUCUAUGAACUAAUCUAAGAAAGGUCUCCUUUUGAGGGUCCAUAGUUGCAGUGAUACAGUCGCUACUUGCGUAAUAGUUUAGGGUCCCAGUUUGCUUUAGUCAAUAAAUCACAACUUGCCACAAUAUGUCUCACAAUCCUUACCUUGAAUAGUGCGUAGGUAUUGGUCUUCCUAGCUAACAAACAAUCAGAGUUACUCUGACAAUAGGUACGGGUACUAAACAUGCCAACAAGGAAAAUUUCAAUGCUUUAUUUCUCUGUUAUGGUAAAAGUUUGCAGUAAACAGCUGCAAAGGGUUGUGUCAUGAAGCAAAAGCUUUCAUCUGAGAGAUGGUUGAUUUUGGUGAGAGUUCCCUUUUAACAAUUAUGCAACCAUAGCCAUUGAAUCUCU